GCGAAGCACGGUCGCCUGACAACAGGCCGGAAGGAAUGCAUGUGUACGGAAGCCAGUGUGGGUCAAGCGGCGUUCUGAGCUGGGUUUGUUGUAUCGAAGUGGAAGGGAGAGGAACAGUGUUUGGGUGAGAGGUUCUGGUGGUACAAUGAAGACCUUUUAAAAGUCUCUGUUUUUGAGAACAUUGUUACAUGAAGUUGAACGUUGCACAGCUUAUUGUGAAUUGCCCAACUUAUGCAGCAGAAAAAUGACAAACAAAUGAUGCCCAUGCAAAGUGCUGCCAGGUCCUGGGACUAAAGUGAACAAAAACAUUGUGCUUAUUUAAGCAAAUUACAUGCUCCAGUGAUGGUGGAAGUUACUCUGCGACCAGUUCGUAUCUCCAGUUGUCAAGAUGGAAGAUUUGCCAGAAUAGCUGACGCAAACACUAAGAACAUUUGGAAUCUCUUGUACCAAGAAAGGCGUGUGAUGCAGCUUAUCCCCAGACGAGAAAGUCAUCAGAAUAAUGAAAUAAAAUUGACUAGUAGUUACCUGGGAUGAUGCUGACAAAUUGACCAGCAAUGUUACAGAAUUUCACAGAUUUUUGGGUGGAGCAAUAACUUAAUCUCUAAUUGAAAGAUGCUGUGCCACAGGAGUGUCCAGAAAAGCAUCUUUGGUUUAACUUCAUGAAGGAGACUCCUCAUCUUUGCAAAGCACAGAAACAUUUUUCUGCCCUUGGAUUUCUACAUUUCUGUGGUGUAAAACACAGCAGUCCAUGAGGCACAUGCAUCUGGAGACCUCUCAGAAAGAGCAAUCUAAAGAUGUACCUCGGCAGGCUACAGGCCAAGCAGAUGGCAGCUUCCAAGGUACACCAACGAACGACUAUCGCUUGGACUCUAGUGAUGUCAUCUCUGAAAGAGGAGUUUUGGCAGGAUACAGUGAAAGUGAGGUUAGAUUUCAAAAAGUGUAUCAACUUUCAAUAUUUUCUCACCUAUCGAACUCUUCAAAUAGUUUGGAUCAGAGGAAUUGCAAACAGGGUAUUAAAAGAAGUCCAACUGAACAUCAUCCAGACCUUGAACUCAAUCAGAAAAGAAUCCAUGUGCACUGCAAAAAUUCUGCUACGUUGACUGAAAGUCUAAAUGCAUCUUAUUGUGGAACUGAUAAUGGCAAUCUUUCUGAAAAGGCUGUAGAAAAGACAGGUGACUAUACAGAUCACCGGGAUAUUAGUUUUCAUGAUGGAGACCCAGUUAUGCAUGGUUCUGCACAACACUUUUCUCACAGUGGUUUGCACGUUAUUGAACACACAGGCUCCCAAGACAGUAUCUUGAUAGAAGAUGGUGAGACAGAUUCACCUGGAAAUAAAUUGGUACCAACAACACCAUCCUCGGAGAAAGAGACCCAACAUAUUAUUGGCACUGGACUGCUCUCCUCUGAGAAAACACCCUUCUCCUGUGGACAAACAAGUACUAUCUCUGCCAGAUGUACAGUAAAACGAAAGCUGCUAUCGCCAACAAAUGCAUCAGGGAAAGAGAUGUGCUCAGGGGAUGAGAGCCCUUCUGUUGCAAAGAAAUGUAGGAUUCAAUUAGUUAAUUCCAUCCCAGUUUCUUGCAGAAGUACUGAUGCCAAAGCAGCACCUUUCUGGAAUCACCUACUUCCAUCCUCAAGGGAUACAUCCAAGAAUUCUUCUGAUUGCAUCAACGCUGGCAGAAGGAUAAAGAAUGGAUUACGUCUAAAAUCGAGACACCUACGGAGUGCAUUUGCAGGAGAAUCCAGCAAGUUUUCAUCAAGAAGCAGCACAAAUCCUUCUAUUAGCCGUUCUUUGCUUGGAAAUUUUGAGGAAUCCUUGUUAAAAGGCAGAUUUGCACCAUCAGGAAGAAUUGAAGGUUUUACAGCUGAGCUUGGAGCAAGUGGAUCAUACUGCCCACAGCAUGUAACACUACCUGUGGAUGUGUCUUACUACAACAUUUCUGAACACAGUGCUCCAUCACCAUUUCUGGGUGUGAUAAAUCUGGAAUCUUUGGGAAAGAAGGGUUACAAUGUCCCCAAAGCAGGAACCAUUCAAGUGACCUUAUUCAACCCAAACAAAACAGUGGUCAAGAUGUUUUUAGUGACCUAUGAUUUCAGCGACAUGCCACCAAACCACAUUACACUUUUGCGACACAGAAUAUUUCUAGUGCCAGUAGAAGAAAAUGAAGGGACACAUGAAAAUAUGGAAAAUUCAGAAGUGAAGAAAAGAGUACUAUGUUAUCUGAUUCAUUUGAGGUUUCAAAGUUCAAAGUCUGGAAAAAUCUACUUGCACAGUGAUAUAAGGCUGCUGUUUUCCCGAAAAUCAAGUGAAGUGGAUUCUGGGAUACCUUAUGAGUUAAAGUCAUUUACAGAAAUGCCAAGAAAUCCAAAAUAUUCACCACGAGUUUAGCACAUCAAUUUCAAGAUUAUCUAUAUUGCAGUUCAGUGAUUAUUUAUCUAGCGACUGGCUCUAACUCGUGGAACAAAAACUCAGUUUCAGUUCAGUGUUAAUGCGCAUGCUUUGUAAUAAACAUUAAGGAUUUGUUUUAAAGUGCAGUUUCCAAUUGUGGCAUUCUGUAAAUUUUGAUUUUUGAAAAGCACAGGAAACUUGCUUUAAUGUAAACCUACAAUAUUUAAUAGACACUUUGCCCUCAGUUCAUCAAAAUUCAAUUCUUUGUCCUCAGUAUCAACAUCCCAUUUUAUUUUGAAACACUGAUUUAUUUACCUUAAAUAUCUUCCAUUGCCUGUAUUAAUAAUUAUUGUAAUUAUGUGGUUCUUCUGAUAUGUAAACUGAUCAGUGCCACAAAAGACAAAUAUUUGCAGUGUGGGAAGAAAUAAAUAGAAAAAGGUUGGCUUAACUCUUUAACCUAUAGGGCUUAUGCAAAAAUCUUUAUUUAAUAUGGCACCUCUUUAAUAGGCAGUAAUCUGAACAAUGCUUCUUUUUUCAUUUAUAUUUUUGGGAACUUUCACCCCUUCCCUUAAAAAACAAAAUUAUGUGUUUAAUAGGUUUAAACAUCUUACAAAAAUGUAGUUUGAUGCAUAAACUGAUUUUAACUUGUUCUAAAUAUAGCCUUCUCAUAUAGAGAAUUAGUACUAACCAGACUGUUGUGUAGGAAGAAAGAGAAAGGUAAGAAAACAUGGGGGAAUUGGCAGCAGUUUGUAAAAAUAAUUCAGAUUUUAAAGUUAAUUCUUCCAUUUUAAAAUUAUUUUUUUGCCUAAGUUUAUUCACCUAUGCCAAGUGCCAUUUUCUGUUUUGGGAAGAUAGGUGUGAAACCUCUUUCCAGGUCUUUGCUAAUGCUACUCUUCCAUGAGUAAAUGCACAAGACAAAGGGAUUACAGUUGAUUAGUUUGAUUUUUGCAUCAUACAACCGAGUAAAGAAUAUCUAGCCCCUGCCCCCACCACCCCCCACUGCCCCCCACCCAAACCUGAUGUUUCAAGCACAAACUGGUGGUCCUGUUACUUGGCGCACAGAAUUUGUAUACAAAUGCACUGUGGCACUUGGUGAUGGUAUAUUUAAUGAUCUUCACAUUUGCCAAAGUGUUUUGCAAAGGGGGAGUUUUCUUGGGCCAAAGGACAUCCAGGUAGCCCUCUAGACAGUUAUAAAUGAAAUUAUACCUUUUGUAUAGGCCAUCUGUAGGUUAAAGUGUUAAUUAAAAUGUCUCCUAAUGUUAGGAUUUUUUUCAUUAUGCACCGUAUGGUACUAUAUUUGGAAGGUACGCUUCAGAAAUCUACAUCUGUUUUUGUUCUUAUUAUCAUUAUCACUGUUGUCCAAACUCCUAAACCUGCAAAUCAUAUUGUUGAAACAGUUGUAGAAACAUGAAGCUAAGUGAGGUAGAUUUUUUUUUUGAUGGAAUAAACUGUUUCUGUAAAAAUGUUGGUUUUGAAUGUUCUUUAAAACUUGUGCAAAAUAAAACAUUGAUUUUGAGUCCAUGCAUAUGUAUAGUACAGGAAUUUACCCAAAUGCCAUACCCUGAUAGCUGCUGAUCCAUACAGACCAAAAAGAUCCCAGAUUUCAUCUCUGGCCAGUGGUAGUUGAUCUCACCUGGACAGCAGUAAAAAUGCUACAUUGCCAUUAGAUGCCCUCAGGUGCAGAAAUUAAAAAAAAACAGGUUUCAACUCCUGAUAAUUAUCCAACAACUCUAGCUAGAAGCAUAUGUGGACAGAGGUUGGGUGAGAACAAGCUGGGGUUUAGCUGUGAUUUCUCUCCCUCUCCAAAAACCUGUCAACAGUUAUCUAGGUGCAGCGAUAGAGGAUGCCCACUAGGGCCAGGUACCUGCUGGCAACUGAAGCCUGUGGAAUCAUUACCCUAUUAAGGAGCCAAUGUCUUUAGGAUAUGGGAGAAAUAUUGGCGAGGAAGUAAACGUCUACACUAGAAGUGCACAGAAUGAGGUCUGUGUGCUUCAUCUGACUGCAAUACAUGUGAUCAAUCAACCAUCCCAUUUUGAAAUACUUUUUAUAUAUUAAAAAUUGGUACAGUGAGGAAGACCCUAAGAUAAUACCAGGUCAUCCCUGGGUCCAUGGGAAUUGAGUAUAGGCCCCAAUUCUAUAGAAAAGAGGAAAUAACGCUAGGUGGAGAGGAAAAGUAAAAUGAAGGAUAAAAGUAAACAAAAUAAUUGAGAGAGGAGAGUUGAAGAGAUUACUUACUUUCUGCUUUGUUCUCUUCCUUCUUGUGAGAGACAAAAACUUGAGGGCAACAUAAAGCAUUUUUGCUAUGUUUAGUGAAGCAGCUAAAGAGUCGAUAAUUGUGAAAACUUAACCAGCAGGAUAAAACUUUAAACAGAGUAAGUUUCAGGAUCUUCAUCUGACUGAAAGCUUCUCAUUGUAGAGAUAUUUCUUUAUUCACAUACUGGAAUAGUCAUGUUAUCCUUCAAAAUAAAUAAUUCUCUAUUUUUCCCCCUGCCUCAAUUGAAAUUUAAUUCUCUUUUGGAGGCUGGCCUUCUUUACAUUAUUAUCUGGUGAAAAGUUCAGGCGGGCCUUUGUAAAGUUCAAUCUUCAGCUGGGUGCCAGGAGGAAAUGAGCAGAAGGAAGCAUCUGGCCUCUGGCUUACUCUUCCCUGACAAUCCAUCUGUGAAGAAAAAUGCCAUUUGGAAAUAACAGUGCCUGGUUUAAUAAAGGUAUCGCAAAACCAUUCUUGCACAAUACUGUACCUGCACUGCACAUGUAUUUGUGCCUUCAACUCUCAGUAUGCCAAGUUAUACAUUCCGGCUCCUGAGAAAACUCCUCUACAUGUGAUCGUGACAAGUAUUUUACAGUAUGCCACAGAAUGCUGAAUUUUAAAGAAAAGUAUUUUCUCCAUUUGUUUGAAAUAAUGUUAUGGUGUGCAGAUUUAUAUUUGUAAUAUAAUUGUGUAGAUUUUAAGUUUAAUGUGUUAAUAGGAGUGCCGCAAUGUUAAUAAAAAGUACAUUCAACCCAAAACACUGGGUUAUCUAA